AGGGCCAUUUAGGGCCUUAUAACUUAGGUGUAGGUCUGCCUUUAUACCAUGUUGUUUUGAGUUUAAUAUUUUUUGUGCAUUUUUAGUAAGAUGAAUCCGAAGCUGUAAAAAUAAGCAAAAUGAAAAGAGCUAAAAUUCCUGACGUGUUCAAAACUAGAAAGAAACCAAAGAUUCAGCAGCAAACCUCUGAGGACUGGGGAGAAGAAGAUUCAGGUUCAGCAGUGCCUACAGACUGCCAGGCAGCAUUAAUGUACCUCCGGUCUCUUAUCAACGUAGAGGCUUUGGAUAGACGGAUACCGCCUAUUAUCAUUAAGCACCAACUUUACAACGUUAUCAAGAAUAGAACGCAUGUUGACAAGCAAGUGAAUGAGCUUAGAGACAGCAAGGAGAUCAAACUGCUGAAAUUGGGAACUGGUCCAGAUGAGUUUAGCAUCGUCUUCACCAAGGACUACGUGGAGCACGUGAACAAGCAAUUACCAGAUAGGCCCGUUGUUAAGAGAUUCCUAAGCAGUAUCGUAGAGAAAACCAACAGUGUUAGUGUUGACAAGCGGAUGUUGGUAGAUCAUCUAGAAUUUAAGGAUGAAGAGAUUACAGAGUUGGUUAAUGGUGGAGUUUUAAAUGUACGAGAUGUUGGAAGUUGGUGGAUUGCCGUACCAGGAGCUGGUUACUUCAUUCGCCAUUUCACAAAAGGGCGAGAUGCAAUUCUUAGGACAAUACGAAAUUCCAAGUACAAGCAAAUUCUUCUAAGGGAAUUGGAAACAAGAGAUCUGAAAGCAACUAAAACACUAGGAAUGCAAUAUCAUAUACAGGAGAUUCUUGGAAGUGGCUCAGUGUCCAAGUUUGAUACAACUUCUGGAACUAUGGUGAGGAUAGAUAGCUAAUACAGAAUUAUUGUUACAAAUACCUAAUAAGUUCAAAGUUAGAGUUUAGAGGGGUUCGGCGAUGGGAGUCACAUGACGUAACUUGGGAUGUUGGAUAUAAACAAUGGAUUGUCACAGCAGUGUCCUACAUGGAGAUUGCUAUUGCAGCCGUACCCUGUUAUUGCUGUAAAAAUCAUCAUAAUUCCCAGUAAACUAUACCAAAUGGAUUGGAAAAUAUACUUGAGAAUUUUGCCUUAAUUGUUUGCUAACACUGUAAAGGAUACUGGCCAAAAACAUUCAGAUUUUUUGACAAAUGUUAAGGCCUAGGCCCCUGCACAUGUACGGCAUGGUUAGGUAUCCAUGAUGGUCCGCGACCUGCGAACUACGCUGUGAUGUUAGGGUUAGCUAAAGUUAAUUAAGGAUUACUUAAAAUUUCAAAGCAUACAAUUCUAGGAGAAUGCUAGGAUAAGCAAAUAAACAAUAUUUUUAACAAUCCUAUUGCCUUUCCUAGCCACUUAUUUCUUACGUUAAAAGUGGGUGGUUGUUUUCGACACCACAACAUUAUCUUUUCCUAUGCUAUUGCACUGUAAUGUUUUAUUAUGUAUACCCAAGUUAUCUCACGUGACCGUCUGUAAACAAACAUCGCCGAAUCCCUCUAUGGUAUGGUUUAAGUUUUAAGUUUACAAUUUGUAAGUUUUAUGUACAAGUUUAUACCAUUAUACCAUGUAAGGUAUAAGAAAAUGUACAGUAUUUGCAAGGUAUAAGUUAUUGUAAUGUGCAGGCAUGGAGUCAAUUGCAGUGAAAAUGUAAUCAAUUACGAAAUGCAGUUCUUUUCUUCCAGUUACAAUUAUAAUUACUUUUUCCCCAUUACAAUUACGAUUUGAUUUUUUCAAUUUAAAUUGCAAUGACAAUUACAUUUCCAUUUUGAAGUUUGACCAAAAUCACAUAUAAUAAAAAUUAUAUAUUCAUUUCUACAAUGAUACUGUUACAUCAAACAGAUUUUGGGACUGCUGGUUUACUGGGUAGCUCAGACACAAGGAGACCCUUAGGGGAGAAGAAAGUACUGUGUGAGCUAGUCCUCACCCUUUGAGUGCUUUAAGACUUCAGUAUGAAGCACAAUAUAAAUCAAACCACAUUACACUACAUUAUUAAAAAAUGUAAUGAUUACAAUUGAUUACAAAUUAUGAUUACUCCAUGCCUGGUACUAUGCUAAGUUUACAAUUGCUAUCUACUGUUUAUGCAGCUAUCAUCAACAUAAUCUUUAUUAUCAUUGUCAUCGUCAGCAUCAUCAUUGUUAUCAUAAUCAUAACUAUUAUAAUCAUCAUCAUUUCAUUUCAUAUUUUCAACAGGGUGGCCCAUUCAUAUAGUGCAGUUAACUGGUCUCCAAUGGGUGGUCUUCCAGGGUGAAGGGGUGGGGUGCCAAUAGGUAUAUCUGGAGAUGCCAUGUGUUGCAAAACCAAUGUGAGUGACAAUGACACUUUUAUCUUCAGUUUGAGGUUCACCAUUAUUUUACUCUCCUUUUAUAUAUGUAACAGCAGAUGAGAUCUACAGUUAUACAAAAACUUCAGUUUCAAAACAUAAUACAGUAUAUAUAUUUUAAUUUCAUAGAAAUAUAGAAUAUAUCAUAAUUUUAAAAUUUAUGCCAUAGUUAAGCUAAGAUUUUCUUAGAAUAUAUAUAUUUUUUUUUUUUCAUGUGGUAUGUGGGCUUUUUAGAAUUUGAGUGGUUGUAUUAUGUGAUCCAUGAUUUAAUGUGUGUUGUUACAUGAUUUGAUUGGUAUUUUCUUUUUUCUUUUUCUUUGUUUGCUGCAGUGAAACAAAACAAGUUUCUAUGACAAAGUAUUGAUAUUUUAUAUACCCCAUUCAUAGAUUCUAUGAGACCAAAGAAAGUAAUGAAAAUAGUACACACCAAGUAGGCUUAGGCUUAUUUACAGGCCUAGGCGAUGAAAGGGCCAAUCUCUCUCUGCGUUGUGGAGUUCGCAUCUCCUUUAUCAUUUGUUCCUGUUAUAAAUUACAUAGCAACAUGGCCUAGAGAUUGCACAUCGCACAACAGGGCGAUUUGUAUAUCUUAGUUUAUAAUUAGGCCUGAUGUUACCAUCAAUGUUGAUGAGAGGCAGCCACACAAUAUUUAUUUAAUUUGUAAGCCAUGAAAUACUCGCACCUGGGGCUGAAACAUAGCGUGAGCCACUUCAAAACUUGUCGACAGUGCAAGCUGGAGUAACUAAGCAUAGCCGGCUGAGAAUGGUCAGCGUGUGGUUCGAACCCUUGACAACUAGUUUCACAACCUGAAUGGAAAUCGCUGCACCAUACCACCUCCCUAAUCUUUUAGGUUAAUAGUACUUUCUAUUGCUCGCUUCUUAACCAAUCGGAUGCCUAGAAUCUAUGUAUGAGGUAAUAUAAUGUAUAUAUCCUGUAUUUAAAACAAAUAUUUUUUUUAAUGUACUGUAUCUGUAGCUUUAUUCUUUAGAGAAAAAUGAGAACUAUUAUUUAUAUACUACAUAAUUACGUUGUAUGUCAUUGUCAAUAUUUAUUCGGCAGUGGCUAUAAAGUUACACCAGUUUUAAACCAAUUUUUAAAGCCGAUUGGAUGUUAUUUGUAUGUAUGGAGUAGCUUAGGUCAGCAACAUCCAAUCCAGUUUAAGAUGGGUGUAACAAUAGCCACUGCCUAUCUAUAAAUUGAUACAAGCAAUUGGGAAUACUUUGAUGUAUAACUAUUACACAAUAGAUAUAUUAGCAAAGUAUUGUCCUAUUUGAGCAGAAAUGUUAGCUCUGCAUGACGGGUUAAUCUGUGCCCGCAAAUAAUAUACAUAGAAUUUUCAGUAAAUACAGAGUCAUAUUAGUUAACAUUUAAAUAUAUAUAAUGUUAGAAAGGUGCUAACUGUAAACCUUCUUUUCUUUUUUUUUUACAUUAGUAAUUUUUAAAAAAGUAACUGCUGUGUUCACAUUUGGGAGGUGGUGAGCAGUCCCAAUCUUUUCUAAAAACAUGCAAAUUAUUGUAUAAAUGAUGCUAAAUAACGAUUCGUCAACAUUUUCACAUGUAAUAUGUCACGCAAGAGACGAAGGCUUGCAUUGAGUGACUCGAUCCUUUAUGUGCAAGAGAAGUUCCAUGCCAGAUGCAAGCUCAUGACAUGAUGUGUAGUUCACAUUAACAAAUAUUUAAAUGUAAUGUUUCAAGAGUCAGUUAUUGCGAUGUUUUAAUGUUGCUUUGAUUAUGAUUUACAAGUUCAUGAAUUUUCAAUAUAAUGUAAUGUUGGCUGAAGUUCAUAUUUUUCAAAAAAAAGAAAAGGAAAAAAAAAGAUAUAAAGCAAUAUGUUGAAUUGAAAUUAAGGAACUGAUAAUCUUAAGAAUUGUAGACAUGUAGCUUGUUAUAAAAUCAAAUAAGUUUUUAAUGUGUAACAUCAAAUGGUAAAUAGAUAAACAAAAUUGCUGAUUUAUUUAUGCCGGUACAGAAUUUUGUACUUUAAAAAUCCUGUCAUUACAGCUAUAGCCAAGUGUGUGAAUUUUAAUGUCUUUAUAAUCAGUGGCAUAUAUAGGGUGGGGGAUGCACGGGGUGGGGGGAACCUCCCAAGAAAUUACUCCCUUCCCCCGUCGAGCCCCCCCCCAAACACGGUCAAGUAGUUAAAAAUCCCAUAAAAUCACCUUAUUUUGGAAAUUAGCGCCCCUCAACUGGUCAUCAACCCCUCCCACUUCACCUUAGCGCACCCCUCCCCCAUCAGCACCUCCAUUUCUAGACUCCUAUAUACGCCACUAUUUAUAAUAUGUUCAUUAUCUCAACUUGACAGUAUAUUUUUAAUGAAAACAUUGUAUAAUGUAACUACUAUAUCAAUGGGAGUAUUUAUAGUGUCGUCAUUUGGAUCAUUUAAAGAAAUACUAUAAAGUUCAUUAAAAAAAAUAAAGAAUACGAUUCA